UUCUUUCUUGUCUUCUUUCACACGGACAAACAUGGCGGCCAAAUUGGGAAUAAGUAGUGUUCGUUACAAGGACGCUUUGGAACAAACCACGGCCUACAACUCACGUCUUAGUUUCGAAAGAAAACAAAGAAGUCCAUUUCUCGACUCUCAAACUGGUGUAGCUCAAGUAAGUUGCUAUUUAUGGCGUAGUAGACUAUCUAGGAAAGCUGCUGCAUAUCCAUAUCAGCUCUUCACUUACCCUGGUCGACGAUGGAAGCGUAAACCUUGUACUGAGCCGAAUGAAGAUGUAGGCGAAUCAGUUGCUGUCGAAGACUGUCGUUCCCAAGCAACGUUUGAUGGUGGUGUCCCUGUUGGUCAACUUAGGACUGGGAAUAACCAGGAUAUUGGACAUGGUAAUGUUGAGGAGAACGGGGAAGCAUAUGAAAUGGAAGCCGUUGAUGAGAGCGAGGAGGAGAGUGAAGAAGAGUCAGAUGAUGAUGAAGAGUCAAGCUUUAAGAGGACAGGAAAAAGUGGACGAUUAAUGAAGAAAAGUUUGAUCAAAGACGACAAAGAAUUCAAGAUAAAAAACUACACAAAAGAAGAUUUAGCAAAAAUGUCAUAUGAAGAAAGGCAAAAACCAUAUGUUUGUGAGAUUUGUGGUAAACGUUACAAGAAUGGUCCGGGUCUAAAAUAUCAUUACACACAUUACAACCACGAUCAAGAUGGAUCUUCUAGUGAAACAAUGGAGGUAAACCCUCUUGUAACUGGAUUACCAGGAUCACCAAGUGUUGAGGUUAGCUCUCAACCAUCAGUAAUUACUACGACAUUAGCAGUUACAAAAGAGACAAAAAGUGGUAUAGCAAAUCCUAAUGAUUACUGUGAUUUUUGCCUUGGUGAUGCCACAAAAAACAGAAAGACAUUAUUGUCUGAGGAAUUAUUGUCUUGUGCAGACUGUGGUAGAUGUGGUCACCCAACCUGCUUACAAUUUACUGCAAAGCUCACAGCUAAAGUAAAACAAUAUCGUUGGCAAUGCAUUGAAUGUAAAUCAUGCACCUUUUGUGGCACCUCAGAUAAUGAUGAUCAGUUAUUGUUCUGUGAUGAUUGUGACAGAGGCUACCACAUGUAUUGUUUAAAUCCUCCAAUGUCAACUCCACCGGAAGGUAGCUGGAUAUGUAAAUUAUGUGAGGAAGAUGAGAAUAUGGUCGGAAAACAAAUGUGAUUGAAUUGAUAUUUGUACAUGAGAGGAUGUUACCCCUUGAUGUACUUGUACAUAUAUGUACAUAUGAGGAUGUUACCACUUGUACAUUUACAUACAUGGAUGUGGGAGGAUGUUACCCUUGCUGAGCUUUUCUUUAAGUUUGAAAUAUGGGUGCUUAUUUUUAUGAUGAUGAGCAGCUUUGAUGAAGAGGUAAAUUGUCUUCCACAAAUGACAAACACACAACACUAGAGUAUAUUUUUCAUUUUAAAUUAUACUAUAAGUUACUGGCUAUUUUCUAACAGUAAUAUCAUGGUUAAACUAGUUGUCAUGUUUAAUUUUGUUCAUGAAAAAAUUUAGAAAUUUCCUAUUAAAAUAUGGCAUAUGUGCACUUGGCUAAAGUAAAAAAAGAUAACAAAUAAAAAUAAUUUUUUUAUUGGAAA